CAGUGUUUGAAGUCUAUACGUGUACGUUAUCAUAGCUGAAACUAAAUAGUUAUCAGGUGUAUGAUGGAGUGGGGCCAGUACCAGGCUAGUGCCAGUGUCAUGAUGGCCCUGCUCAAGAUGCCAGCAGCCUGGCUACAGCUGUCCUUAUUGUAUCUGGCACCUACUGUCAACUUUCAGUGUGCUCAGCCUGUGAACAAGAGUUUCCCCUCCUCCAACAUCACGCAGGAAGAGCUGGUGUUUGAUAACUCCUGCUGCUUCAAAGAUGAAGAAGAUCAACUUCAGUUUUGCCAACAGUUCCACUAUGACAGGAGAGAUUUCACAAACACUGUCAACAUGAUGUGGGACCUAGUCUGUGAAAGAGAGUUUCUAGUGACAUUUGCGCAAGUUUCAUUUAUGUGUGGAGUCACUGGCGGAAACAUUCUGGGAGGAUUAGCGGCUGCCAGGGUAGGGCGCAAACCUGUGCUCGUGGUGGCACUACUGCUGAUGCCGCUGUUGAGUGCCGUAGUGGCAGUAGUACCAACAUUCCCACUGUUCCUCCUCUUCAGGUUCCUCCUCGGCUUGGCACUUGGAGGAACCAUAUUCAUCAGCUUCAUUCUUGGCAAUGAGCUGGCAAGUGGGCCCUGGCGCGCCCCAAUUUCUAUUCUUCAUCAGGUACCAUUUGGUAUUGGUAAAAUCAUCUUCGGUCUAACUGCAUACUUCCUGCGAGACUGGAGAGAAAUACAGAUGGCGCUGGCUGUCUACAGUCUUAUCUUCUUGCCUUACUGCUGGUUAAUAGAAGAGUCGCCUCAAUGGUUGAUGAGCAAAGGAAAGCUUAAGAGAGCCGAGCGAGUCACGACUGCCAUCCAUCGAAGGAACGGACUUCCAGCCAUCCAGACGGAGAUGCAACCUAUGGCUGAGAAACAGAAAGUUGAGAUUGUCAGAACUGAACCCACCAAAGUAGCCAACAGCUGCAGAAUAAAGGAGACAAAAACACUCAGUCUGUGUGGAGCAUUGUGUGUUCCUAGACUGAGACGAUACGUUCUCUCGACCUGGAUCACUUGGUACUUGGCAGGGUUGAGUUUCUUCGCCCUCAACGCCAACAUGCCGCAAUGGGGAGGAGGGGUGGUGGGGGGAACUAUCAACAUCGCUAUUGGGGGUCUUAUUGGUGGCAUUCCUGGGAACAUUGCGACAAUAUUUCUUGUCAGAAGAUUUGGAAGAAAGAAAGUUACCAUUGUAGCUCACAUUUUUGCAGCUCUUUUCUCAUUUCUUUUACCUAUUUAUGAUAUUGGAGAACAACCAGAGGAUUGGCAGCGACGAGUCACGGGUUUCCUCUCCCUCAUCGCAAUGUCUGUGGCUUAUCCAUCACUGUUUCUCAUGUCCGGUGAACUCAUCCCCGAUGAGGUUAAGCUGCCUGUGAUGACUGUUGCCAACAUCAUGGCCAGGCUGGGCAACACGACAGCACCACUUGUUGGACCCACGUCUGUGUUCCAUAGAGCUUUACCACUGUGGAUCAUAGGCACGGCUCCUAUAAUCUCCUCAUCUCUACUGGUAUGGCUGCCAGAGACCAAGAAUAAACCAAUGCCUAAGACUGUAAAAGACAUCCUUACAUCCAAGAGAGGUCCAGAUAAAAACAUGUCUGAAGAUGAAGACCAGAAGUUAAAAAAACUGAUGACUGAAUGUGAAAGCUAAUUCUUCCUCACAGUUACUGAUAAGCAAUACUCAUGAUAGGAUCUUAGUAUUACAAAUACUCAAUGUACAAGUAAAGUGUCAAAACCUUCUACUUAAUUGAACUUGGUAUUAAGACAAUGUAUAAGUUUAACCUUAUGGUGCAAUGGAGCAUGCUUAUGGAGGGCUCCUUAAUUUUACUGCUCCUCUUCUAAGGUUAUAACUUUCCAAAACUUUUAUUCUGUGAUACAAAUAGUAUUUUUAGGAUCAUAGUACUUAACCAUUAUAAAUGGGGCUGUCUAUGGUGUUGUGCUUUAGGUUAUCAAGUCCUUUAAAAUUUGAAUAGACACAAUACAACUAUCAUUCCUCCUAAUUAAGUGUGAUAGCUUUACCAGUUCAUAUGUGUUACGUGCAAAGAUCAAAUUUUGUAAAUAAUAGAAUAAUUACAAUUUAAUUUACAUGUACUUAGUUUUUUGGUUAUCAGUUGAUAAUUUAGUUU